UGCGAGAGCCGAUAGCUAUCGAGUGGCCAGUUCAGUUCUUGUUAGCGACAAUAAAGUCGUAAUUCCGAGUAUUUCACCAGACGCAGGUCGUUUCAAUUCACAUGAAAUAACCCAAUUCUCGUAACCAACUCUUAUUUGGCACUCGCCCAAAACAUAAUCCAACUACACACCACACCACUUCGCAAUAAUCGCCGGCUGCGCAUCUUUCUUUCUGCUUGCGCGCCGAAAAACACAUGUUCGCGGUGUAAGAAGAAGAACCACAACAUCGCAUCACUUUAAAUAGUAAAUAUUAGGAACUUGCCCGUUUUCCUUGUGACGUGUGCUCACCAACGCCUUUCGCCACACUUUUGGCGCCGUCACCGUCAUCUUCAUCGUCAUGGUCAUCGUCAAAGUCAAAGUCGGAAAUGUCGCAACCCGACAACAUAAUCAUCCAGGACCGGGCUCUCCUCCUGUCCGAUGGCGGGAAGCUGUGGCAGGAGCCCUACUACUGGCGCCCUGGAGGUACGGUAUCCAUUUCCUUAAAGAUCCUGUCCCAGAAGUACUGCAGCAUUGUGGGAAUCGAUAUGAGUCGCUGCACCUUCAUUUGGACCGAGCAUCAGGAGAAUGCGCUCAGGAGAAUAGCCACGUUCAAGGUACGCCGCAUUGACAAGCACACCGGUGCCACUAUGGUGGACAUUAAGUGCAACCUGGACAUCCUGGGCUCCGAACUCCAGGCAGACAUAGCCAAGAAACUCGAGUUGCCGAAUGCUGAGCACGUCAAGUGCAUCGCUGCCGGAAAAAUUGUGUCUGCCCAUGCCACAUUGGCCGACCAACAGCUGGAGAACAAUCAGCAGUUGAAUGUUAUCGUGGGCGAUGGAGAUAAUACUGGCGAAGCCCUGUACGAAAGGAUCAAUCGCAUCAAGGCUGAUGUGCAGGCUAUCGUGUCCUCGAAGAAUAGCCUAAUAGAGAUGGAGGAUCAGGAUGGCAGCCAAGUGUUUUUGCCGCCUUCCGAGCAUAAGGCGCUGCUCAUGGGUUUGGGAUUCUGUGAGAAGGCCCGUGCGGCCAUGCACCGCGAAAAUUUUGAGGAGGCUCUGCUUCUGCUUUUGGAGGCCGACGAGUACUUUUCCGACUGUGACUCCAAGUUUGUAGAGUCUGCGGACAACUUUGCUUUGCUGAAUCUGGACAUAGUGUGGUGCUAUCUCUGCCUGAAGAAUGUGACCCAAAUCCCCGAUGCUGAGCGACGCUUGGUCCACUGCAGCCACAGAUUCCGCAUUAGCUACGGUGACAAUUUGGAGAGGCUGUUCUCCUUGAGAGGCAGGAACUGCCCGGAACGGGCUUUGAUUUUGCGCCUUCAGCUGCUCCAGGGCGUGGUGCUCUUCCACCAGAAUCGUCGCGACGAGGCAUUCGAGCGCUUGGAGUCGGCCCACUCCCUGCUACGUGCACUAAAGAUCAACGCCAACCAAUUGGCUCUCCUGACCGACAUGGGCUACGAGCCCUCCGAGGCUCGCAUGGCUCUGCGCUCCUGCAACGAGGGCAACGACAUCGAGCACGCUAUACAGUUUAUUCAUGAGCGUCGUCAGCAGCUCAAGAGCGCACGCAACAAGUACAAAGCGUCCGAGCAAGCUAUGGAGCGCCACUUGAGGCGCAACAAUUCCAAGGAUUGGACCUGGGUGAAUCCCCGCAGUGUCUGCAGCCUCCAUGAUAUGGGAUACGAAAAGGAUCUGGCUGUUCUCGCCCUACAGCGCUCUAACAAUGAUAUACCCUUUGCGGUGGAACUGCUGCAGUCAGAAGCAAAGGAAAUCGCUGCUUUUCCCAAUACUCCGGUCACCAUUGACCCAACCAAACUGGCUCAGCUUCUCCAGCUGGGAUUCUGCGAGAACGACUCGCGCGUGGCCCUAGAGAACGCAUCCAAUGAAAUGGAAGAGGCCAUCGAGAGCCUGAUGUGCGCCAUAGAGAGUGAGGAGGAACUGAAGGCGAUUGUGGAGCACGUUGAACGUAUGGCCGCAACUGGAGGGCAGAAUCUUGAUGGUCCCUCUACAUCGGACGCCUCUGGUCAGGCUCCAACUGCUCUGCCAGCGCACUUCUUGGAAGCUGUUCUGAAUCAUGCUCGCUCCGAGAUAGAAACUUACAAGGCCUACGAUCGCUUUAACUCGGAUCUCAGUCUGAGCGAUAUGGAGUACCUUGACUUGCCCCUGAUCCAAGAGGAGAAGGUCCUGACUGAGUAUAUCAAUAUGCUCCAGCAGUAGUUGCAUUCGCCUUGCCUUUGUUAUAUCUAUACAAAAAAUAGAAAAAGCCAAAACCGGUUGUCAAGAUAACUGUAAUCAUGACUUGUCUAUAUUGCAAAUCGCAGUCUUAUAAUGGCACUUAAGUGGCAUUCAUCUCCCCCUCCUCGUUGCUUGCCCAGUUUGUCGGCAAAUAGUAACAGGCAUAUAAAGAUUUAUAAGUACAUGCCUGCCCCAUCCAUUGGCAACUGCGAAAUGUGAUUACGCCGAUCCAGCGACAGAAUCCACCUUUUGGAGCCACCUGAAACUUGUUAGCGCCUCUGGUCACUGCUUAGCUUUAUUUUUAUUUUUAUUUUUGUCGCUUGACUCUCGAGCCCAGCUAAAACGGCGGCGUUUGAUUGGGCUCAGUCGUGACCUUGCUGAGGCCAAAGGGCGCCGCUCACUAAGCUCAUCCCGUCGACUAAUUGAGCGGAACUUAUACGAUUUGCUAAAUGCUAAAUACUAAAUACUAUAUAUUAUAAAUCAUUCAAUUGGUGUUCCAUAUGCACAUAUCUGUGAAAUGUAUUUAUACACCUUACUCGCAGAGCGAGAAGUAUGUUACAGGUAGAAGUAAGACCACUUUAGCUGAGUAAGGAGUACUUAAUAUUGUCUUGAAUUUAUACUGAUAGAUUAUAUGUUCCAAACAUCCUUGUUGGUCUGAAUUCAACAAUGCAGCGAACGAAGUUUUUAUCAUAGGUAGACAUCGCAGACGAAUCUGCUUUCAUGAAAUUAAUUGUGAUAUGCAAACGAAUUUAGUUAUCAUACUUUUCAAUUGUCAUAUAUAGUCUGGCUCAAACAUUUUGUACUUGUGUUUAUUUUAUAGAGCUAAAACACCUGAUACAUAUACAAUUUUAGAAAUGAAAUUUGUUU